CCGAGCUAGUUCCUCUCCGCCGCCGCCGCGCCUGCAGUCACUCACUAUCAACCACCACCACUACCACCGCCACCUCCAAUCCUCUGACCUGUCAAUUCUCAUCCCUCGCGUCCCCUAUUACCUCCUCCCAUUAUACCACGCUUACCCCCCCUUCCACUCCUUGAAGCCACCUGUCCGCUCACCCCCUCUCCCACCCCGCCCAUCAUGUCGAAUCCCACCCAGUCCCAGGACACCAAGGCCGAGCCUACCCAGCAGCCACAGCAACAGAAGCCCCCCGUACUGGAAGAAGACGACGAGUUUGAGGAUUUCCCCGUUGAAGACUGGCCUCAGGAGGAAACUGAACAAGGAUCUGCCGCCAACGGCACGAGCGCUCAUUUGUGGGAAGAGAGCUGGGAUGAUGACGAUGCGGCUGAGGACUUCUCCAAGCAGCUGAAGUACGUUUCCUCCCCGUCCACACCGACCCGCACCUACAGCGCUUAG